UCAUUUAGAAAAAUCCGGGGGGCAAUCUGUUUGGUUAUGGUUCGAAGCAUAUCACGCUCCAAAUUAAUGGGCUUGGAGCUUCCAACCAUAGCUUUCUUCCGCACAUAGAUACACACACUAAAGUCUGUAUAUGUAGGUGUAUUUAUAGUCGGCAACAGACCUUCUGUACUUCUCAGUAUACCAUUGAUUAUUGCUUUGACGCGAAGACUAUUUGCAUUCAAUACAAUACAAUGAUACAUGCAUCUAUUGAUUGAUUACCGUGAACUGCGUGAAGUGUUGUAAUUGAGUUUUCUGAUUAUUGAAACCCUAAUUAUUCGUUGGGGGAAGUGGGGGAAUUUCUGUUUGUGAAUAUUACUUCAAGUUUCAUCACCUAUUCUUUGCAUUUGGACUACAAUCGUAAAGGGAAAACUUGAGUGAAUAUAUGAGCAUGUACAAAUAGUCAAAAUCAGUUAGACUUCUCUAAUGGCAGACCUAAAAGAGCGUCUCCUCCCACCAAAACCUGCAUCAGCUAUAAACCUUAGAGAUGCAUCAUACAGGCCAUCUGCAUCAGGUCGCCAGCCUUUUCAAGGUGUAGAUGUUUUAGGCCUAAAAAAACGUGGUCAAGGUCUUCGUUCAUGGAUCCGUGUUGAUGCUGCAACUGGUGAUUCCCAAGUCAUUGAAGUCGACAAGUUCACAAUAAUGAGACGUUGUGAUCUUCCUGCACGUGAUCUUCGCUUACUCGAUCCAUUAUUUGUCUACCCUUCAACGAUUCUUGGAAGAGAGAAGGCUAUAGUUGUAAAUUUGGAACAGAUUCGUUGCAUUAUAACAGCAGAUGAAGUUCUACUUUUGAAUUCUCUUGAUAGCUAUGUGUUACAAUAUGUGGUGGAAUUACAAAGACGAUUAAAAGCUGCAGGGGGUGGUGAGGUUUGGCAAUCAGAAGGGGCAGAGUUGAACAGACGGAUGGGAAAUUCAAACAGAUCCUUAGGGGACAUGUUUGGUAACACUUCACCUGACUACUUACCCUUUGAGUUUAGGGCUCUAGAAGUUGCUCUUGAGGCUGCUUGUACAUUUUUGGAUACACAGGCAGCAGAAUUAGAAAUUGAAGCAUAUCCAUUGCUAGAUGAACUUACAUCAAAGAUUAGUACUUUAAACUUGGAACGUGUUCGUAGACUGAAAAGCAGACUUGUUGCAUUGACUCGAAGGGUCCAGAAGGUAAGAGAUGAAAUAGAGCAGCUAAUGGAUGAUGAUGGGGAUAUGGCUGAGAUGUAUCUAACUGAGAAGAAAAGGCGAAUGGAUUCAUUAUUCAGUGUUGGAGAUCAGUCUGUGAUUGGAUACAGGUCAAAUGAUGGGACACAAUCCAUCUCUGCUCCAGUUUCUCCAGUUUCUUCACCUCCAGAAAGUCGAAGACUUGAAAAAACUGUUAGCCUUGCAAGAAGCCUUGCAAGGAGUAGUAUGAGGAGUUCAGAAAGUGGCACAGAAAACAUUGAAGAAUUGGAGAUGCUUCUAGAAGCUUAUUUUGUCGUCAUUGAUAGCAGUCUCAAUAAGUUGACAUCACUGAAGGAAUACAUUGAUGACACUGAAGACUUCAUCAACAUCCAACUGGAUAAUGUGCGGAACCAGCUGAUACAGUUUGAGCUGUUGUUGACAACUGCAACUUUUGUUGUGGCAAUCUUUGGGGUGGUGGCGGGGAUAUUUGGGAUGAAUUUUAUGAUUCCAUUGUUUGAUAACCCAUCGGCUUUUACAUGGGUGUUGUCAAUUACAGGGGUUACUGGAAUCAUUAUAUUCUGCUCAUUUUUAUGGUUUUUCAGGUACAAAAGAUUGAUGCCAUUGUAGAAGAUUGAUGAAUGGGAUUAUGAACAAGAAAAUAUAUAUAUUCACAUAAGUGUAAUUGUUGUGAACAUCUUUUCAAGUUAAACUAAAGCUCUCUUGUAAAGAAAAUUCUGCUUGGUGAGCUUGCAAUGCAUAAUAUCUCUUUUUGAC